CUUACUCUGCCAUUCUCAUAUAUUCUCUCUCUCUUAAAAAUUCAUUUAGAAAAUUCUCACUUAAACUCUUACCAUUCCAAUUUCAUCACUUAAACUCUCCUCUUCCUGUUAAAUUUGUUCUACUGUCUAUCCAAAUCACCAUGGCUUUUCCAAUCAACCAAGGAGACUCUUCUUCCUCUUUCACCCACCAGUGUAGAUAUGAUGUAUUCGUGAGUUUUAGAGGUGAGGAUACCCGCAAUAAUUUUACGAGUAUUUUGAUCGGCAUUUUAUAUCAUCAUGGUAUCAACAUCUUCCUUGAUAACGAGCACUUAAGGGGUGAAGAAAUUUCAGACAAACUUUUCGAAGCCAUUGAAAGUUCAAGAAUUUCAAUCAUUGUAUUCUCUAAAAACUACGCAUUUUCCACUUGGUGUUUGAAAGAACUUGUCAAAAUUCUUGAGUGUAAAAAGAAAGGCCAAAUUGUGCUACCAAUUUUUUAUAAGGUGGAUCCAUCAGAAGUACGUAACCACCAAAAGGGGAAAUUUGGAGAAGCUUUGACAAAACAUGAAACAAAGUUCAAGGAUAAAAUGGAAGUGCAAAAAUGGAGGAUAGCUCUACAUGAAGCCGGUAAUAUAGGUGGAUGGCAUUGCACAAAAGACCACCCUCAAUUUACUCUUAUCAAAGAAGUUUUUGAAGUGAUCUCAAGAGUUAAAUUAAAUUAUACGAAAAUAUCUGAUGUUAAAUACCCUGUUGGAAUAGAUUCCCGUGUGGAGGAUAUAAAUUGUCUUUUAGAUAUUGAUUCAAAUGAUGUGCGUAUGGUAGUGAUUCAUGGCCUUCCUGGAAUAGGUAAGACAACAAUUGCCAAAGCUAUUUAUGAUUUAAUUGCAUAUCGUUUUGAAGGAAGCAGCUUUCUAGAGAAUGUUAAAGAAAACUCAAGUACAAAUGAUGGCAAAUGCCAGUUAAGAGAGGCACUUUAUUUUGAGAUCUUAGGAGGUGGAACUUUGAAGGAGCUUGGUGCAAAUAAAAGAAUCAAUAUGAGAAUGGAAAUGCCUCAGCACAAAAGAAUUCUUAUAAUUCUUGAUGAUGUGGACAAAUUAAUCCAAGUAACAGAUUUGCUUGGCGAAUGCAAUUGUUUUGCUUCUGGAAGUAGAAUUAUUAUCACAACAAGGGAAGAAAAAGUACUAUAUACUCUUCAAGAAGAUUAUCAUUUAACCUACUGUAACUACCGGCUCAAGGAAUUAGAUAAACAUGAAUCUCGUGAGCUCUUUUGUCAACAUGCAUUCAAAGAAAACAAGCCUAAGAAAGGUUAUUUAGAAGCCGUAGACCUAUUUUUAAGCUACGCCAAAGGUCUUCCAUUAGUUUUGAAAAUAAUAGGCUCUGAUUUGUAUCCAAGAGAUGAUAUACGCUUUUGGAAAAGUGCAUUAGAUAAGUACAAAAGAAUUCUUAAUCCAAAUAUUCUAAAAGUACUCAAAAUAAGCUACGAUGGAUUGAACCAAACUCAGCAGCAUAUUUUCCUUGACAUUGCAUGUUUUCUCAAGGGAUUACACAAGGAUGUUGUCGAGCAUAUACUAGAAAGUCGCUAUUCUUAUGGCUCAUAUUGUGAUAUUGAAAUACUUAAAGAUAAGUCUCUCAUAUUUGUUGAUAAAGGUGGCAAAUUAUCGAUGCAUGACUUGAUACAGCAAAUGAGUUUGGAAAUUAUCAAACAAGACAAACUUAAAAGGUUGUUGUGCUAUGAAGAUGCUUACGAACUACCAUAUAAGGGAUUAGAAGAAGUUGAAGGCAUAACAUUGUGCUUCCCACAACCAAGAAAGAUGCAAAUAGAUUUUGGAAGGAUGAAAAAUCUCAAAUACUUGACUGUUCGUAAUUUAGUUUGUGAAGAUGUUAAAUAUCUUCCAAAUGAGUUGAGGUUAAUUGAUUGGAAUGAGUUUCCUUUACCUUCCUUGCCAGCCGCCGUUAAUCUUCAAAAUCUUGUUGCACUUAAAGUGCCAGGAAGCCACAUUAAACUGGAUGAGCAUUUUGAGAGAUGCCGUCUCCCAACUUUGAAAUAUAUGGAUUUCGCUAACUGUAAAAACAUUACCAAAUUACCUGACUUAUCGGUGAUUGCCCCAAACAUAAAGAGGCUAGACCUUAAAGGAUGUGAAAAUUUAGUUGAAAUUCAUCAGUCUGUUGGACUUCUUGAAGCGCUUGAAUAUUGGAGUCUCUAUAGAUGUAGAAGUCUUAAAAUUAUUCCGAGGAAUCUCAAGUUGAAAUCUCUUGAAAGGUUAUAUCUCCAAGGCUGUGAAGGUCUUUGGAAGUUCCCCGAUAUUGGGAAAAAUACGGAAAGAUUAGCUCUAUCUUCGUCAUUACCAAAUCUUAACUUCCUCUGUAUCUGUUAUUUUGAAAAUUUUCUAAAGAACCUGGAUAUUUCUGAUUGCUUCCCCAAAUUGAAAACGUUGUAUGUUAUGCACUGCAACAUUACUACCCUCCCGGACAUCUCUAGUAGAUUUCCUCAAUUAAAGAGUCUUUAUAUUUACAACUGCUGUAAUCUUCAGGAAAUUCCAAAACUUCCAUCAUGUACGGGUAAAGUAGAAGUAACAGGAUGCAAAUCUUUGGAUUCACAAUCAAGCAGAAGAUUAUUAAGUCAGUUCGCAAAAAAGGUAGGGCUUCCACAGAAUAUUGUAUGUCCAAGGGGAUCAUCGCACCGGGAGUAUGCAUCUGAAACUGACUUUCCUCAUAAAAAGGGGUUUACAUUUGAAUGUGAUGGAGAAGUGUUAAUUCAAGGAAGUAAGAUUCCAAAAUGGUUCAAUCAUCAAAUUGGUGGAAGUUCCAUAUCAUUCUCAGUCAGUCGGAAACUGCUUCCAUCAUUUGCUUUCUGUGUUGUUAUACAAGUGCAAUCGAAGAAUAGGAAUAUACGUUAUAUAUCAGGUUACUGUGCUAUCAACAUUUUCGUUGAUGGUUAUAAAGGAUUGUACUCAUGUACUAAUGCAUAUGUUCCAUCAUCAUCAUCUAAUUCUUAUCUAUGGGUAUUCUAUAUAAGGGAUAGUUCAUUGAAAGGCAUAAUUCUAAAUGAGCGGACUGACGUUAAGCUUCAAUUUGAAUUUUCAAAUUAUAAUCCAGAAAUAGCUGAAAUUACCAUAAAAAAGUGUGGGGUCCACGUAGCAUGCACGUGUUCUCCGCAGAAUUCCACUGCAGAUAAGGUGGCCAGCAUAAGAGUUCAUGAAAGAUUAAAAGUGAGUUUUGAUGAAAGAUUAAAUAUGUUUUUAGCGAGAGUGGCUGCAGAUGUCCUCCCCUUUAAGCAAAAGCUGGACCGAUUGUCCAAUGCUCAAGAUGGCUAUUAUUGCCCUCUUUGUGAAAUAGCAGAAGAUUCAGUUUUACAUCUAUUUCAAUGUUGUCCCUUUGCCAAAGGAUUGUGGUAUGGUGGUAGAUGGGGUUUUCGAGUAGAAAUGAUCCAAUCUCAAUCUAUAGGGGAAUUCAUUGAACAUAUAAUUGAUCCCCCAAUGGAAUUACUGGCAGAAGGAGUGAACAAAGAUGAAUUCACACUGUAUGCAGCAGUGGCAAUGAAAAUUCUUUGGGAUGCAAGGGAGGAUGCUCUGCUUUCAAACACUAAAGCCAGCAUAGACCAACUAGCCCAUCGUCUUAACAAACAGUAUGACUCAUACGUGAGAUCACUUGAGAUUACACAGGUAACUGAAGACCAAAAUAAUGAGAGUGUUUGGAUAGAUAUGCCUAUUGGUGUACCGGAAAUACAACACCAAUGUCACCCGACCAACACCAUCCCAACACCGAUAUCUUCAAUGCCCCAGCCCUUUCUAAAUGAGGACGCUGACUUCAACCCAAGUCCACCAUUGAAGAAAAUGAGAACUUCUUGAUUGAACUUCAAAGAUAUAUGCCAAGAAAAUAUCAUCAACUUCAUUGUAAAUCCAGCUUGCAAGCCCGGCUGGGAAUGGAAGAACACAAUGAAGGAUAUUUCGGCUUUGGCUUCUUCCUCAUUUAUGGAUGGGGUUUGAUAAUAACGUAGCCCACAGCCUCAUAAGAUGGGUCAAAUCACUCAUCUUCUUUUGCCUGUAAACUUUCUGACAAUAGCAAUGAUGGCCUUGCCCUCCAAUGCUGCAUGUAGGAUGCUGACUUCAAUCCUUAUCUACUUUCAAAGAAAUGAGAACCUCUUGAUUGAACUUCUAAGAAUAUGCCAAGUAUUGGCUAUGAAUAUUCUUUUGGAUGCACGGGGGGAUGCUAUGUUUUCAAACACUAAAGACAGUAUAAACCAGCUAGCACAUCGUCUUAACAAUCAGUAUGACUCUUACAUGAGAUCAUUUGAAGAGCAAAACAGGGGAAUUGCUUGGAUCAAGCCACCUGACCAAUGGGUAAAGCUUAAUUCUGAUGGGUCAUAUGAUCAAAAGAAUUUAGGCUUGGCUGCGAUUCUCAAAGGUGAACAUGGGAAUGGCAGAGCAAUCAGACGAGGCAUAAACAUCAACGGCAAGAUGGGCAAUGCCAUUGGCCAAACAGGACAGACUUGAGCAAGUUGUAAUAGAGAGUAUAAAGCUUGUUGUCGAGGAUUUCUCUUUGGGUUGCUUUGUUUGAAUUUUUUCAUCAUUUUAUGAGCCAAUAGAAGGAGAUGUAGCAAGCACCAUCAACUUCAUUGCAAGCCUGGCUGGUAAUGGAAGAGCGUAAUGAAGGAAAUUUCAGCUUUGGCUUCUUCCUCAUUUAUGGAUGGGGUUCAAUAAUUAUGUAGCCCACAUCCUCAUAAGAUGAGCGCCUGGGGUCGAAUCACUCUAGUUUGAUUUUGCCUGUAAACUUUCCGACAACGACAAAGAUGGCCUUGAUCUCGGAUGCUGACUUCAAUCCAUAUCUACUUUUUAAGAAAUGAGAAUCUCUUGAUUGAACUUCUAAGAAAUAUGCCAAGAGCAUCUAUGCUUAGCCAACUGCUCUCCAAAAAAUGGAAUUUACUUGAAAAGCCAACCAAUCAGUCAAUAGGAAGGUGCAAAUCCAAAUGCAAGCACCCCAUCGCUCCUAAUCCAGCCUCUCAAUAUUGGAAAACCACUUCAGAAACUCCAUCACUAGUUGACAGACUAUGGUAAACCUUAAAAUUACUAAAAAUAGCUUGUUCUUGAUUAACCCCUUCAAUAUGUUCUUCUCCAGUUGCCUAGCAUUAAAUUCAUUGAAGACUUGACAAAUGAAAAGUUUAAAAAUGAGUUUUUUCUUCACUUUCUCAUCCACACCAAAGGCAGAUCUUGCCCUAGAUUGUAUCAUAAGUAAGACUGCUAUGACUCUGAUUAGAAAUGGCUUUGAUUGACCCACAGAUGGCUUUACCAAGUUGUCAUUAUUGGGCAGCUUAGUGACCAAGGAUAAAGCUCCCAUUUUAUCCAUUACUAGGUUCACCCAUAAUGGCUGCAGUUAGUGGGACUUUACUUAAAAAAAAAAAAAAAAAAGUUCAUGCAAGGGCAACAACAUUCGUAGUUAGCUGAAUCUGAAUGAAGUUUUUAAUGAUGUUAAUACAGACCUUCUCCACCUUAGAACCAUCAGCACAGAAGUGAAAUCACCAUCUAGGAUGACAAUAUUUUAUAAAUGUAGUUGUAAGUAAAUUUUUUGUCAUAAACUCUCUGUUCAGCAGUUCAGUUGUGUUUUCCAUUUACAAUGUUCUUGCCCUAUAUGGUGACUGUGUUAUCACCUUUAUGAGUUACAAUGAGUACAAGGGAUGCACAUAUUUUUAAAUGCUUUGAUUCUUGUAAUGAAAUCCAUCAAUGUAUAACGUAUUUAAUUUUAGGAUAUUUCUAUUGCAAUCAUAGAAACUGACCCUUUCUACAUGUGCCAAAAGGCUGUUGGUGGGUGCUUGUACAUUUGGAAGAAUAACUAUGGUGCUAUCAAAACCACAUUAUCUAAUAAACAUGGUCACAUAGAAAAUGCUUACGUAAUUUGAAAUACAUUGACCAAACAGAAGAACUAUAUUUCAAGAAGCUAAGAUGUGGCUUUUGAUUUGAUUCUGUGCUUUGAAUAACCCAGAAGGAGAACUUAAAAGAAAAAUAUUAACAAGGGCAAUGGCUGAUAAGAAAAGAUGAAAGCUCUUAACAAGUGAGUGAAAAGGCAAGGACAAGCUUCAUCUUCAAUACAAGUACCUGAUUGCCUCACAGUAUUGGCUUAGGCCAUUGGGGAUGAUAAUUUGAUAAAGCAGUCUCCUUAAACAAGCCCUGUCAAAGGUGAUCGUCCACAAGUUAGCUUUGAAGUGGCCUGGUCUCAGGAUUCUUACUGCCUGGCCAAGGCAUGUAUAGCUUAGUGGGGGGAAAUUGAAGAGCAAAACAGGGGAAGUGCUUGGAUCAAGCCACCUAAUCAAUGGGUAAAGCUUAAUUUUGAUGCGUCAUGUGAUCAAAAGAUGAAGAGGGGAAUGGGAGAAAAAUUAGACGUGGCAUAAAAAUCAACGGCAAGAUGGGCAAUGCCAAUGACCAAACAGGACAGACUUGAGCAAGUUGUGAUAGAGAGUAUAAAGUCAUUCAGGAGCAGAGAAUCUUUUCUUAUCCAACUGGUCUCCAGAAACUGGAAUUCACUUGAAGAGCCAACCAAUUGGUUGACAGGAAGAUGCAAGUCCAAAUGCAAGCACCCCAUUGCCCCCCAAUUCAGCCUCUUAGUACUGGCAAACCGUUUCAGAAACUCCACAUCAACACUUGAUGGACUAUGGUAAACCUUAUAAUUAUUAAAAACAGCUUGUUCUUGAAUAACUCCUUCAAUGUGUUCUCCAGUUGCCUAGCAUUAAAUUCAUUGAAGAUUUGUCAAAUGAAAAGUUUUAAAAAUGAGUGUUUUCUUCACUUUCUCAUCCACACCAAAGAUAGAUCUUGCCCUAGAUUGUAUCAUAAGUAAGAAUGCUAUGACUCUGGUUACAAAUGGCUUUGAUCAACCCACAGAUGACUUUACCGUGCUGUCAUUGUUGGAUAGCUCAGUGGCCAAGGCUAAAGCUCCCAGUGUAUACUUUAACAGGUUCACCCAUAAUGGCAGCAGUUAGUGGGACUUUACCUGACCAAAAAAAAAACUGCUGCAAGAAAGUCAAUGCAAGGGUGCAGCAACAUUUGUAGUUAGAUGAAAUUGAAUGAACAUUUUAAUGUUGUUUCAUACAGACCUUCUCCACCUUAGAACCAUCAGCAGAAAAGUAAAGUCACCAUCCAGGAUGCAUGACAAUGUUUUGGAAAGGAGCUAUAUGCUUUGGAAACAUGCAAACUUGUUUGUAGAGUAGAUAAAUGCUCUUAACAUUUGAGUGGAAGGGCAAAACCGAGCUUCAAUUUCAAUACAAGUACCUGAUUGCCCCCGCAGUAUUGUCUUAGGCCAUUAAGAUUAAUAAAACAGUCACUUGAAACAAACCUUGUCAAAGGUGAUUGUCCACAAGUUAGCUUGUAAGUGGCCUGGUUGCAAGAUUCUACUGCCUGGACAGGGCACGUAAAGCUUAGUGGGGAUUGUUAUGUCUGACCCAGUGUCUCACAAGCAAAGAGAUCCUGAGGCAAGGCAUGAUCAUCCAUCUUGCAUUUCAUAGAAUAAGCGAAGUUAGAGUAACAGCCAGAGACAGACCUAAAAAUGCCACCACCACAAUUGUGACUACUGCAGCAACAACACCUACAGCUGCGUUGAAAUAUGUUGGUGCCGACAGUAGCUCACCAUAUCCACCAUGAUGUCUCUACUCUUUGAGGAGGGCUUUUCAAAUUGCUUGGAUUUCUUGAAGUUAAAGACAGCAGAAACUGCAACAACCAGAAUGGCAGCGACAGUAAUACUCCCACCAUGAUACUACCCAUCUUUCCAACCAUGCUGUUUGAUACAAAAGGCCAAGAGAGUAUGGCACCAGCCAAAAGUACAACAACAGGGGUGUCCUCAAGUGCUUCAAAGACAUAACUGUGAAUCCUUUUGCAGGUGCCUGUUGUACUUACUGGCACCAAAAUAAUAUUAUAGCAAUGGAUUAUGGUUGAAAUUUUGUUGAAGUGUUUUCUCUAUUUUCAAAAAAUAUACUAUUUUCUUUAUUUGUGAGGUGUGAGAAUGGAUCAAUAUUUAACUGCUUUUUUGGAUGCUGUGUUUGCAUUCCUGCCACUGGCUCGCCAAAACCGACCUAAGCUCACCAAUAGAAUAGUCAUAUUUCUGUUAUUGAAGUUACCGGUUGGAAGUGUUAUAUGUUAUUAACAUUAAAGCUAGUUGUGCAUGUGCUGUAACAUAUUAAAGUUCCUCUUCUUGUGCAUAA